AUGGCUGGAAAGAGAACAAGCACCACAAGACCUCGGGCAGAGCCCUUCAGGAGAGGAAGGCCGAGGAGGGCCGUGCGAAGCACGUACGCGACCGUGGAGGGAGAAGGUUCUGAGGGCGAGCAGCCAGAGAACGAGCAGCCGGAAACACGCCAGGAACCUCCCCCCGCCGCAGACCCGGCGCAACCCACGGCCGCGCAAGAGCUCCAGCAGCUGCAAACGCAAUUGCAGAACCUUCAGCAAGAGCGAGACCGGAUCGCUGCUGCCUACGCCGCCAGCCAAGAGGCAGCGCCGACAAUUCAGCCCGCUGUUCCGAACAGCGCCGGCCCAACAUUAGAUGUGCAACCGGCAAACUACGGUGGCAUGCUGCGGGGCACGUCGGACCUUCGCUCCCCUUUGUCCGAAGGAUUGCAGACCUCGCCUUGGCCAACAACCUACAAACCUAUCACGCUCCCUAAAUUCAGCGGAAAGGCCGAUCCGCGCCAGUUCCUGAUGAGUUUCGAGGCAGCCGUGGCCUCAGCUGGAGGGAACGAGACUGUGAUGGCAAAAUCCUUCGUGAUCGCAGCCGAGGGAGAUGCCCUGGCAUGGUACUCAAUGCUGAGACCCGGGUCAAUCUAUUCAUGGGAGAACCUUCGAGACAAGAUUUUAGCGAAUUUCCAGGUAUUCGCAGUUGAAUCACUGACCUCCACGGACCUGUUCCAGUGUCGCCAGAGUCAGGGAGAGGCACUGCGGGAGUACUUCCAAAGGUUCGUACAGACUAAGGCAAGAGCACCCGGCGUGCCGGAGGAGGUUGCCAUUGAAGCGGCCAUCAAGGGUCUUCGCAUAGGGCCCUUCGCGGCCCAUUUGGCCAGAGAAAAGCCAGCAUCCAUGCACGAGCUGUACCACGAGUUUGAGAAGUAUUGCAGGUCAGACAACGACUACCGCAAAAGGUUGGAAGACCAAAACUCUCAGAAGAGGCAGAGCAAUGAUAGAAACCCACAGAAGAAGAACCUCAGCCAGGAUGAACGCCGGCCACAGCGAGAGGCUGGUGGACAGAUGAUGAACAUCGAGCAACCGAAAAAUGACAGUAUUGUUUCUUCCAUGGAGAGGAGAUGGGUCACUCCACCAGAGAUUGCCCAGAUGCAAAAGAAACUCAGGAGAGGAUCAAGAGCAGGUCAGCUUCGCAACCUCCGAUACCAGUCGCUCAACCUCGGGAAGUAA